AUGGACGACUUUCUUCAGAAAAAGAGCGCCUUUCUCCACAAAAAGAGCACCAUUCCGCUGGACAGCACCAAUCAGACUUUCCACCAGUACAUGAUCCGCGUCGCGGAUACUAAGAAGGCCGAAUUGACAAAAGUGAAUGCGCCUCUCAUCAUGCAAGCUGUUGUUAAGACGGACAUCUCUGACACCAGUUCUACAACCAUGUUGGAGUUUCCGCCAGGCUCAAUGCCUGAUGGCAACCAUCACCUUCGUGUCACACGGUCUCCCGUUCGCCCAGCAAACACACCCGGCGGCAAAGUCGAGGAUGUCUUUUUUGUGGUCAAGAUGCACGAUGCGAAGAUGCAAGACCCAAAAUCUGCCUCCGACUACACGGUCUUGACAUCUGGCAGUGCCAAGGGUGGUACCAAAGACAAUCGCAAGUUCAUCACCUUUGGCAAACCUCAGGUGUACGGGCUUACUGGCAACAGCCUUUCCUUGAAGGAGAAGAUCAAGCAGACUGGCUCGGGAAUCUCGAUUCCAUCAGAGGCGGAGAUUGGACAGUUCGCCGUCUAUUGCGACCACAAAGAGGUGAAUCUCAAUGAUCUCCCGGCCAUGGUCAGCCUUCCUUCGGACUCUAUCGAAGCUCAGCAAGCUCAACAGAAUCUUCAAGAGUCGAUUGAUCAUUACACGUCUCAGUUGAUCGCCAUGAAGUUGAAGAAGCUCGACCCUCGCUGCAGCCCUAUCAUUCGUGGCAACCGAGUGUUUGUCACAUCAGAUAAGUACCCUGAUGGACUGCAGAAGUUGGAAGGAGUUCAGGGCAAGGUCAUCUACGACGACACUGGACGUGGUAGUGUUUUGGUGGAGCCUUGCACCGCACACAUCUUCCAGGAAAACAUCCUGUUGUCCGAAUUUUUGAUCGAGUUCUUUGGCAGCGAUAUUGCCAGCAAAUCCGACGAGAGUACCAUCAAACGCCUCUCAGCUGCUCUCAGAGGAGUCAAAGUCACUAUUGCCAGUCGUCCAAACCAGCCCAGCGUACAGUCACAUAUCACCAGCUUUGGAAGCCAUCAGUCUUCGGACUACUUCAAGGGGCUAGGAAUCUCUUCUUCAGCUCUGAGAUAUCCUGACAUGCUUCUUGUCAACAUUGGUAGCUUGGAGAAGCCCGACUAUUGUCCAGCUGAGCUUUGCAGGAUUGUUGGUGGCGAUGGAAAGGAGCAGAUCUUCAGCGGCAAACUACCACUCACUCUGCCUGAUGAAUACUUUCAGCCUCAAUCUCUUGUCCCGGCAGACCAUCCACCCAGACAUAAAGUUUUCGACAUUUUCCCCACAAGGAAUGUUGGUGGCUUCAAGCUCUUCUUCGUCAACCUGUCAUCCACAUCUGAUGGCAAGACAACCAAAGCUGUCAACGAUAGUGUCAUGGACGCUCUCAAGGAAGAAGUCGGCAAUCGCUAUGGCAAUCGCUUGGCUGAUGCUGUCAAGGAAUCCAUCAAUUUGGAUGCUACACAUCAGACUCUUGGCGGCGUUUUGGGCUUCCACAACAAGUAUGCCGCCAACAGCAGAUCUGUGCUCGUUGUUGUCACCCCACCUGGCUUUUCAAACAGCGACAUUGAGAAGAUUCAGACCGAAUGCCAUCUCAACUAUGGUAUGCAGUGCUGUAUCGUUGACGGUCGACAAGCCACUCGCCGCUACCACCCGAUCGAAAAGGUGGCAAUGGUGAAAUUCACCGGUGGAAUGGUUCGGGAGAUGUUUGGCAAGGCUUUGAUUCCUGCUCAAGAAGAUCCUUUCGGAAGCGAAUUCAAGAAGACGACCGAAGACCGCACAAUUGGCAUUCAUGUGCAUGAUCUCCCCAACAACAACUACUUGGUUGACAUCGUCUCGAUCAAGCACAACGGAUCUGUCCGAGUCACCAACAACGUGUUCUGUGCCGGCGGUACGAAGGGCAUUGCGGCUGAAAUUCUGUCUUCUAUCAAGAAGGAUCAUUCUCUCCAUCGUGACUUCAAGUCUACGAUCGUCAUCUCAGGCCUUGGUGGAAAGUCAAAGGAAGUUCUCGAUGUUCUGCACACUGGCCUUCAACAAAAGCCAUCGCCUGGAAAGCAGAUUGACUCCGACUACACGCCUUACUUUGCUUUGACAUCCAUCGAACCAGAGCACAGAAUCCUCAUGGCGAAGAAAGAGCAGCGAAUCAUCCUCAAAAACGACAAGAACGCAGGACUCUCGCGCAACUCCACCUACCUCCAAUGCAUGCGCGAUCACACAGACAUCCUGGCUAGCCAAGCCUACAACAUCAAACUCCCCGACACCAACAAGCUCCCUGUCGCUCUCCAGCCAACGAGCCACAUUCCUUCAAUCGAGACAUAUGUCUUCWCCGCCUUCGAGACAGAGCAGCAGUCUCGUGAUGGUUCCGAAAAGCAUCGGUAUGAAGUGCAAGCUCUCAGCACGUAUGCAGCUCCCGCCAUUCUGCGACUUGCUCAUGCUGCCUCCAAGCACAGCCGUCUGCAUAUUUACGAGCUUGUCCCCAGCAAAAAGGACACGAAUGUUGUGAAGAAGCUGACUCCGGCUGAGAAGAAGGCUGCGAAAGCUGCUAGAGCCAAGGCUGCUGAGACGACGGUGCAGCCAAAACUCCUCUAUGGCAUCAAGCCUGUUCACAAGGCGUUGAAGGACACCUUUUACUUCUUGUAG